AUGCCAGUUUGCCUUCUACCAUGGUCGUGGGGUCCAGGGGGAUCUUGGAAUUUCUGUUGGUGUCUAAUCAUCCCCAAUGCGCACAUCUUGCAUAAUAAUGUAGCGAUCGCUGUCUGGGGGCGGUUGUGCCGUCCAACUGGGCGCCACAGAUUCCUUUUGGAGCUUCACAACCGGGGCCGAGACGCACCGUCUAGGAGUGGCCAUUGUGCAGUUUCCAGCGUUUGCCGCUCGAAAGUCAUCCCCAUGCAUUACUGCAGAACGGCAUCACGAUGGGAGUUGGGUAGGGCAUCGCGCUCCCAUGCCAACGUAUUUACGUUUAAGCCUGCACCCAUUAACAGCGGCCUGUCCUUCAAGAUCGGCUUCUCUAACUCUAUGCCAGCGGUCUUGGUGGAGAUAAGGGCAAGGUGUCUUGAUGGGAGCGUGCCCUUUAGUGGCCCACCAAAUCGCAGAGAUACAGAUGGCCACCUUCGCACAGGCUCAGACAAACCCCACAAACUUGGAAGGGAAGCUCCUGCCCACUGA